AUGGCUUCUUCCAGUCGGCAAGAUCGGGCGCUGAUGCGCCAGCGUGGUGCUGGAUCGCGCGCCGUCGCACCUACCGACUUCGGGCUCAGCUUUGGUCUAGGAGAUAACAGGUUGGAGCGUCAACAGAUGCGACAAAGGGGCGCUGGGACUCGGAAGAUUGACAAUGUCGACUUCGGAUUUUCCUUUCCCACUCCAACAGAGCGGUCGCGCACAAAGACGCCCCAAUCUCGAAGGUCUAAUUCCCGCCAGCCGUCGAACGCACCAGCUAGACGAAGCCGAGAACCGACCUCCGCAAGAUCUACCAGAGGAAAUUCGAGCAGACAGAAUUCGGCUCAGCCUAUAGCGCCUGUACCGGAGCAGGAAGCAAUACAACCGGACGACGGGCAGAGAGCACCAAGUACUCGAUCUAGCAAAAGGAGGAAAAUAUCCCCCGCUGUUGUUACGCCUACCCCACAACCUCCGACAGAUGUCUCCAGGCCAGUAGCCUCAAAUCACGCUUCAGUGAGGCGCACUUCCUCGCGGACCUUCACCAUUGCGGAAGACGACGAUGCAGGAGCGCCUCCCUCCGGAACGCAGGUCGUAGAACACCCUCAGACAUCUCCCCUGUCCGUACCGCACGACGAGCACGAGAAGGAGAAUGAGACGCCCAAUACCUUGAAAUUGAAGACAGACGCCUCGGAUUCAGAUUUACAAACUACAAAAAGCGGGCGGAUGCUGCUUCCACCGCUUGUCUUGGAUGAAGACAUGGCCGAAUCUGCUUCGGAAGCGUCAGGAGCGGACGGUGAAGAGACGGGCCAAGGAUUGACGAAGGACGACAUAUUACCCGAUACGGACGUGCCCGCUGCAUCUGGACGGCAAAAGCGACGAAAACGAAAAUCCGUUACGUUCGAGCGCCGGAGACGUCGUUCAUCUACUCAGAGUCGAUCUGUUAACGCAUCAAAAGGCCUCACGCCUGCGGCUGUUUCUUCCCGGGCUCCAUCGGAAGAAGCUCCAUUACUUGGGGCCGAGCCUCUCGCAGACCGGAUCACCAUGUAUAGCAAACUUGCGAUGACGAGGGAUAGAAGAGCAGUGACUCCGGUCUCCGACCGGGAACGAACCCCCAGCCAAGGACAGGAGGAAGAUGACUCGUACGUGGAGCAGAGCUCUUCUGAAGCAGAGACGCCUGCUGCAAGUAUGAAGAGCAAGAGAAAGGCUCGGCGACCAAACUCCAGAGACGGAUCCGCCGAAGUUUCUAAGGGCAACAAAGGCAGACCGACUUUCCCGAUUCUCACUCACCGACUGGCUAAUGUGUCGACCUUGCCGACUAUCUACGAGGAUGGUGAAGACCCAAUGGGGAAUACUCUCCCUGAUGUUGCAAAUCAUCGGGCUCAACCAAACGUGGUGGACGUGCUAGCCCAGAUCUGUCGCGAGACAAUCUCAAACGCGAUCGACCGCCUAGGCGAAACGACGCAGCCCAAUAAACGGACUUCACUGAAUAACAAAAGGAGCGCCCUCGAAGCAUUCGGUAAGGACCUCGAUGACGAAUUGUUCGCCAUGUCUGAGGCUGUAGAAAACCGCAUCAACCUGGAAGCUCGCGUUCGGAAGACUAGACGGGAGAAAGGAGCACUGCAAACGGAAUAUAUCGAACUGAGAAAAGAACGAGAACAGGUUGCGUUGAAGUGUGAUGCGCUCAGGCGACGGCACUGGCAGUGCGAAGAGUCUACCAGAAAGAAGUGGACGGUCAGCGAGGCGGUUCGACGUGUGGAGCAAGAGAUGGACCGCAAUCCAGACGCCGACGAAGGUAUCGAGUUCCUGAUACGAAGCGUGACGGCGGGGGUCAGCAGUGCCUCCGGACACGGUAUCUUGGAUCAAGUCAAGUCGUUCAAUGCUCAGCUGGAAAACAUGGCACUGAUUUUGGAAGGCGGCAACGUUGUUUGA